GGAUGCCCAAGCGUUGGAAUAUGGGCUGACAGUGUGCAUCAUACUCGCUAAACGUCAUUACACGAAGUACCUUUUUCUGGAGCAGGAGUAUGUCCUUCACAUGCGCCGAAUGUCCCCAUAUCAAGAUGCCAUACUGUAUGUGGCUGGCAAAUACUGCAUGGUACAGCAUCAACAGGCGUUCAACAUUUUCAGUGGCAGACAGAAGAGAAGGCAGAGGGCAGAAAACAUGGCGAGUGCCCUUUCAUUGUGCAGGAUUGGACAUCUUCAAAAAGUUAAUUUAUGUCCUGUUCUAAGUACCGUUCAAGUUAGAAGCAAUUCAGAUGCUGCACCAACUAAAACGAAAUACGGGCCAUUGAACGAUAGCGACCGUAUCUUCACGAACUUGUACGGUCGCCAUGACUGGCGGUUGAAGGGAGCUCUCAAGCGGGGAGACUGGUACAAGACCAAGGAAAUCGUUCUUAAGGGGGCCGACUUCAUUAUCAAUGAAGUGAAAGCUUCAGGUCUGAGGGGCCGAGGAGGAGCUGGAUUCCCCUCCGGUCUCAAAUGGAGUUUCAUGAACAAACCAUCCGAUGGCAGGCCGAAGUACCUGUGCGUGAACGCCGACGAGGGUGAGCCGGGCACAUGCAAGGACCGGGAGAUCAUGCGCCAUGACCCCCACAAGUUGGUCGAGGGCUGCCUUAUCGCUGGUCGAGCCAUGGGUGCUCAGGCCGCCUACAUCUACAUUCGCGGCGAGUUCUACAACGAGGCGUCCAACAUGCAGGUUGCCAUCAGCGAGGCGUACCAGGCGGGACUGAUUGGCAAGAACGCAUGUGGCACAGGCUUCGACUUUGACGUGUACAUGCACAGGGGCGCAGGCGCCUACAUCUGCGGCGAGGAGACGGCGCUCAUCGAGUCGAUCGAGGGCAAACAGGGCAAGCCCCGCCUCAAGCCCCCCUUCCCCGCCGAUGUCGGUCUCUUCGGCUGCCCCACCACUGUCACCAAUGUGGAGACGGUCGCCGUUGCACCGACAAUCUGUCGUCGGGGCGGCGCGUGGUUCGCGUCGUUCGGUCGUCCGCGCAACACGGGCACCAAACUUUUUAACAUCUCGGGCCAUGUGAACCGGCCGUGCACCGUCGAGGAGGAGAUGUCAGUGCCCCUCAGGGAGCUCAUCGAGCGGCACGCCGGUGGUGUCCGCGGUGGAUGGGACAACCUGCUCGCCGUCAUCCCGGGCGGCAGCUCUACGCCCCUCAUACCCAAACACGUUUGCGACGACGUGCUGAUGGACUUUGACGCGCUGAUCGCGGCCGAGACGAGCUUUGGCACGGCGGCCGUGAUCGUGAUGGACAAGAGCACCGACAUCAUCAAGGCGAUCGCGCGACUCAUCGUGUUCUACAAGCACGAGUCGUGCGGCCAGUGCACGCCGUGUCGCGAGGGCAUCGCCUGGAUGCACAAGAUGAUGCAGCGCUUCGUUCGCGGCGACGCGCGGCCGCAGGAGAUCGACAUGCUCUGGGAGAUCAGCAAGCAGAUCGAGGGACACACCAUCUGCGCGCUCGGUGAUGGCGCCGCUUGGCCUGUACAGGGCUUGAUACGUCACUUCCGACCGGAAAUUGAAGCCAGGAUGAAGCAAUACUCGACCUGCAAGCAAGCAGCUGCAACCAACUGAUCGCUUACCUGCACUCAAUAGGAGAAUACUUAAAGUAGCAGAGCCGUGGUUCAACCACGGUAGCUAACGGCUCCUGUUGCCCUCUUCAAAAAAUGCUGAAAAAUAUAUAUAUUUUGUGGAAUUGUUUGUAAAUUUUCAAUCUUAUCAGUGUACAAUAAUAUUUCAGAUUAGACAAACAUAUAAGACCAUUGUCAUAAUUGAAAUUAGUUGAAUUCAAUUGUUAUGUAAUAUUGUUUCAAUUAAAAAGGAAGGAUAACUAAACAGUUGAGCCGAUUA